AUCACUGUUCUAAUAGCCUAAUCGCAAUCACUCUCUCCUCUCAUCUCUCUUUGUAGCGACACCACGAUCCAAGCAUCCGACGCUGCUGUAGUGCGGUACCUUUUAAGUUUCGCAUUCUUUUUAAGUUUUUCGAUUUGCUUUGCUGAAAGGAUUAUGAGAUGCUGCGUCAACAGUAUUGUUUCUGAUUACUGAUUACUGAUUAGGUAAAUGGAUUAUUGGAUUGCUAAUUUGCUAUGCUUACGUUUUAUUGUUGACGUACGAUUGUACGAUUUAACUUGACGAAAACACCUAUAUUGUUUUUCUUAUAAUUUGCUAUCUGGAUGGGUAAAUGGAUUAUUCGAUUGCUAAUUUGCUAAUGUCUCCAUUAAUUUUUCUUAUAAUUUUUGUGUUAUAUUCGUGAUAUAAUCUUCAAUAUUAAUAAUGACUACGUAAUUAGUCCAUGAGAAUUAGUCAUAUAGUCCUAUUCUUCAGGUGUAUUAUUCAUGUGUUACUAGUGCCUAAUUAUGUGGAGUUAGGUUAUGUGUCUUCUGUAUAUAAAUACAUGUAACAUUCAUCAAAUAUAACAUGUACAGCUUCAAUCGUAUUCUUUGUUCUCUAUAUGGUAUCAGAGCGAUAACCUACAUGCCAAUUUUUUUUCCCUCCUACUCUGUGAAUUUACGAUUCCAACAUUUAAUGAUCACAAUAUAUUGAGUGAGAUGGAAAACGGGCAAAAGUUUGUGCUUUCCCUUCAAUAGUGGCUACUGCAGUAAGGUAGAUGGAUUACUAGUUUUUUUUUAAUAAUUUAUUUGUAAAUUAGUAUUUUGAUUUGUGAAUUUGAUAGUUAAGGGAGUUCUCUAGCAGCACUCAAAAUCAAAAUGUCUGAAUAUGAAAUACCUUUCCAUAUUCAAGAGGAUAUCAUGAAAAGGCUUCCGGUCAAAUCAUUGGUUCAGUUCAGAAGUGUGUCAAAAGCAUGGAAGUGUUUGAUCGACAGCUCUGAGUUUAUUGCUGCUCACAGCAACCACUGCCACACUCAGCCACAACAUCUACUUGUAUCAUAUGAAGAUCCGAUAAUGAAAGAACACUAUGUUUGUUUUGUUGAUGAUGACACCUUCCCCCAACAGAGGUCUGUUCUGACUCUGACUCUUCCUCUAUCUGUUAAAUACCUUCGUCUUCUUGGUAGCUCUCACGGCUUGUUGUGCUUGUACCACUCUCAUCACAACCCUGCAACUAAGAUGGUUGUUCUUUGGAAUCCCUUAAUUAGAAAAUCGAUUGUUGUUGAUGUGCCUAAGCAACCAUAUGUUUGUUUUGGGGUUUGUCCACUCACUUGUGACCCUAAGAUCAUUUCAAUUUAUCAAAUUUGGGAUGAAGCAAAUAUUGAAACUAGUUUCCGUUGCAAAGUUAUGGUUUACACUUUGAGCUCAGGGAAAUGGAGAACUCUAUCCAGCAAUCUGCCCACUAAACCGAUUCGACAUUUUUGGCUUAUGGUAGUUACUGAUCGGUUUAUCUAUUGGCUUGUUGAGUUACCGAAUCAUAAUAUGAUAAUGUCUUUUGAUGUUAGUGAUGAGAAGUUUGAAACAAUAGACCUUCUGGAUAGUUUAGCCACCCAUCAUCCCACGGACUUGCAUUUAUCUAAGCUAAGAGACUCUCUUGCCAUGCUUCAAAACAUAGAGAACAUCUUAACUGUAUGGAUGAUGGAGCAUGGUGUUCAAAGAUCUUUUACAAAGUUAUUCAUUAUAAAGACACCAAAUCAAACAGUGGGCUUUAGGAAUAGUGGUGCACCUAUAAUGAAAGUUACAGAUGAUGAUCCUGAUGAUUUUGAUGCACGGUAUAAACUUGCAGUUUUUGAGCCUAAUUUAGGAUACAACAAUGUUAUUGAGGUUUCUGGAUCACCUAUUUCCUUUGAGGUGCGUGCCUACAUGGAAACACUACUUUUGCUUGGUCAAUCUGACUGUAAUAGUUAUUGACGUAACUCAAGACGAAGAUAAUGGCCACACUGGAGUUUGGAGCUUUGGAGAAGGUGGUGACACAAAAUGGUAAUUGAAAAGAAGUAGCUUAGCUUGUAGAUGGCAUAUGGAACUUUUAGAAACAUUUUUUAGACUGAUGCUUUUGAUUUAGUAACACUGAACCUUGCCAUCUGUAUGGUUUUGGUUUAUUGUAGCAUGUAUGAUAUGUACCUUGAUAUCCAUUGUUGAUAUGAAAGUGCAUCAUUUUGUAUAACUGUUAUUUCAAAAAAGAAAAAUCAGGUGUACUUUCUAUUAAAAA